AUGGUUCAUUUUUUAUUAAGUACAAAAGGUUUAAUAAUAAAUUAUACAGUGAACAUGAUUUUAUGCAAAUCUAUUACUUUUCUUUUAUCAUGUUUUACUCGCCUAUGCUUUUGGUUAACUGCUUUUGUAUCAGUUGAACGUGUCUGUGUCACCAUAUAUCCAAGUGGUAUCUGGAUUAAAAAACCUAAAGUAGCCAUAAUUAUAACUAUUUCCACAAUACUGUUUAUAUUAGGUUUACACACUCAUGAACUCAUUUAUUACAAUGUUGUUCCUGAUCCAAAAUAUACAAAAAACGGGACAUGGUGUGUUACACAAUAUAAUAAACAAGUGUCAUUUUAUAACCAAGCAAUAACAAUUUUCAAUUAUAUAAUACCAUGUCUAAUUAAUUUUGUUUCAGCACUUAUUCUCAUUCUAGUUGUUGCACGCAAACGUGCUAAUACAAAUAAGCAAAAAUCUUAUAUUAAAGUGUUUCAACAACAACUUCAACACUACAAAGAAUUAUUUAUUCCAUCAGUUUUUAUCAUUUUAAGUGCAUUACCUCAAUUUAUUAUAUCAUUCAGUUUAGCAUGUACAGAAUUUUUAGAUAUUCCAUGGCAACGUUAUUUAGUAAUAACAGCGUAUUUUUUAUCAUAUUUACCUCAGAUGACCAAUUAUAUUCUAUUUAUAUUACCAUCUGUUUUAUACAAAACAGAAUUUGAACGUACAUUAUUAGGACAACAGUUGAAAAAGUUUAAAAAGCAAUUCUGCACCAGACUUGGUAAAAAGCUGUAA